CCGCGGCCGGAGGGCUACGCUCGUGGGCUCGGCGUGGGUGACCGAGCCCGAGCGGGGUUGGCAGGGGCUGCCGGGGACGAGGGAUGAUGGAGGAGGAGGACCUGGAGUUCGUGGAGGAGCUGGAGUCGGUGCUGCAGCUCACGCCCGAGGUGCAGCUGGCCAUCGAGCAGGUGUUUCCAAGCCAGGAUGCGCUGGAUCAAGCCGAUUUCAAUGCUGUUGAGUAUAUCAACACCCUGUUCCCAACGGAGCAGUCUCUGGCAAAUAUAGAUGACGUCGUGAACAAAAUUAGACUGAAAAUAAGGAGACUGGAUGACAAUAUCCGAACUGUUGUAAGAGGUCAGACAAACGUGGGGCAGGAUGGAAGGCAAGCACUUGAAGAGGCCCAGAAAGCUAUUCAGCAGCUCUUUGGAAAAAUCAAAGAUAUUAAAGACAAAGCUGAGAAAUCAGAACAAAUGGUAAAGGAAAUCACCCGCGACAUUAAGCAGUUAGAUCAUGCUAAGCGCCACCUGACCACCUCAAUCACAACGCUGAACCACCUGCACAUGCUGGCGGGUGGCGUCGAUUCCCUGGAAGCCAUGACCAGGCGCAGACAGUAUGGAGAAGUUGCUAAUUUGCUUCAGGGUGUAAUGAAUGUUCUGGAACACUUCCACAAGUACAUGGGAAUCCCACAGAUCCGGCAACUUUCUGAAAGGGUCAAGGCUGCGCAGACAGAGUUAGGACAGCAAAUUCUAGCUGAUUUUGAAGAAGCGUUUCCUUCACAGGGCACCAAGAGGCCUGGAGGACCCAGCAAUGUCCUGCGAGAUGCAUGCCUGGUUGCUAAUAUUUUGGAUACCAGAAUCAAACAGGAAAUCAUCAAAAAGUUCAUUAAGCAGCAUCUAUCAGAGUAUCUAGUACUUUUUCAAGAAAACCAAGAUGUCGCCUGGCUGGACAAAAUUGACAGACGCUACGCCUGGGUGAAACGUCAGCUUGUGGACUAUGAGGAGAAGUAUGGUCGAAUGUUUCCACGGGAGUGGCACAUGACUGAGAGGAUCGCCGUGGAGUUUUGCCAUGUGACAAGGACAGAACUUUCCAAGAUCAUGCGUGCCAGAGCUAAGGAAAUUGAAGUGAAAUUGCUUCUUUUUGCAAUUCAGAGAACCACCAACUUUGAAGGAUUUCUUGCAAAACGUUUCUCCGGCUGCACCCUGACAGAUGGAACUGUGAAAAAGCUGGAGUCCCCACCACCGUCUACCAACCCCUUCCUGGAAGACGAGGCAGCACAGGAGAUGGAGGAGCUGGCAAUGGAGAAAGCAGAGUUAGAUCAACCAAAGAAGCCUAAAGCACCAGACAAUCCCUUUCAUGGCAUUGUUUCCAAGUGUUUUGAGCCUCAUCUCUAUGUAUACAUCGAGUCCCAGGACAAAAACCUUGGAGACCUGAUAGAUCGGUUCGUCGCCGAUUUCAAAGCCCAGGGCCCACCCAAGCCCAACACUGAUGAAGGAGGCGCUGUUCUCCCCAGCUGUGCGGACCUCUUUGUCUACUACAAGAAGUGCAUGGUGCAGUGCUCACAGCUCAGCACUGGUGAGCCCAUGAUUGCCCUUACCACCAUUUUCCAGAAGUACCUUCGAGAAUAUGCCUGGAAAAUCCUCUCUGGCAACCUGCCCAAAACCAGUAGCAGCAGCGGAGGGCUGACCAUCAGCAGCCUCCUCAAGGAGAAGGAGGGCUCCGAGGUAGCCAAGUUCACCUUGGAGGAGCUCUGCCUCAUCUGCAGCAUCCUGAGCACAGCUGAGUACUGUUUGGCUACCACGCAGCAGCUAGAAGAAAAACUCAAAGAAAAAGUUGAUGUAAGUCUGACUGAGCGAAUUAACCUCACAGGAGAAAUGGACACUUUCAGCACGGUUAUCUCCAGCAGCAUCCAGUUGUUGGUUCAGGAUCUGGAUGCAGCCUGUGAUCCUGCCCUGACCGCCAUGAGCAAGAUGCAGUGGCAGAAUGUGGAACACGUUGGUGAUCAGAGCCCCUAUGUCACUUCAGUCAUUCUUCACAUUAAGCAGAAUGUCCCCAUCAUCCGUGACAACCUGGCUUCUACCCGGAAAUAUUUCACACAGUUCUGCAUUAAGUUUGCAAACUCCUUCAUUCCCAAGUUCAUCACCCACCUCUUCAAGUGCAAGCCAAUUAGCAUGGUGGGUGCAGAACAGCUGCUGCUGGACACCCACUCCCUGAAGAUGGUCCUCCUCGACCUCCCUUCCAUCGGCUCACAGGUGGUGAGGAAGGCGCCUGCCAGCUAUACCAAGAUUGUUGUGAAGGGCAUGACCCGGGCUGAGAUGAUCCUCAAGGUGGUGAUGGCUCCUCAUGAACCUCUGGUGGUUUUUGUUGACAACUACAUCAAACUCCUUACAGACUGCAACACAGAAACCUUCCAGAAGAUACUGGACAUGAAGGGGCUGAAGAGGAGUGAGCAGAGCAGCAUGCUAGAACUCUUGCGCCAAAGGCUCCCUACUCCCCCCUCGGGUACAGAGGGUUCCAGCUCGCUGUCCCUGAUGACUCCAACACCAGAACAGGAAUCAUCCCGCAUCCGAAAACUGGAGAAACUAAUUAAAAAGAGACUGUAAGGAACAUAGACAUUGCAUUGACCCUAAGAAGCCACUUCCUGGAAGCCACCACAACAUGACUGUCAGACCCCCAGUCUUGAGACCUCCUGGAACAUUUGGCAUAUUAAAGUACCUCUCCCAUGUCCAGCUGGGGGAGACAGGAGAGAACUGUGUUAUAAGAAGACAAUUUAGAAUGUUUUUGAUUCCUACAGCCAAGGCAGUAGUAGAUGAAAGGACCCUGUGCCACUUGCUAUCUUAAGGCUGUCCUUGAUGGUAGAGUUGUCACUGAUUCAUGUCACCUCACCUGUGCAGUCCUCCCCUCCAGCUGUAGGCCCUCUUGACUUCCCACCUAUGCCCCAGGCUUGGCUGAGGAAGCCAGGACCCCUCGGCCCCUGCUUCCUCCUGCUCCUGCUUCAGGUCAUGACCUCUGCAGCAAGAAACUGCCUUAACCCCCUGUCUCUGGGAUUGGCUGGGGCCCUGAGCAAACUAAGUGGCCAAUGACAGAAUGGGACACUAGCCUUUCUUUGUGAAGACACUACAAGCAUGGCACUUUUCCACGUUGAUUGUUAUUUCCUGGGACAUAACUUCCUUCUGGUUACUUUCAUGACAUGGCCAAGUUGUCCCCAUGUCUCCACAGACUCUAGAGGAAAGAUGCCCUGUGUAUCUCUUGCUGGGGGAGGAGACAGGCCAUGUGGAUGUGGAUGUAGAUGUGCCCGACCUGAGCAGCAGGUAUCCAUCCUGUCUGCUAUUGGAGGCACACCUGAAGCUGACUUGCACCCAGGGUUCUUCUUCGCACUGUCACUGAGUUACAGAGCAGAUUGUCUGUACACUUCACUCUGCUGCUGACUUGCAGGGGAGGCAUUGCCUUCUGAGCAGGGAAACCAAAAAGUUUUCUUGAAAGCGCUUUCCUAGGCUCUGUCUAUGGCAGCUGUGAGAAGGAAUAAAAAAACGGGCCUGUGCCAUCUGAUCUUC